AUGCCCAAGUGCCAUGUCUGCCAUGACGCCAUGCGGGAGUCUUCGAAGAACCGCAGGGGGAAUGUCUCCAUCCUACUGCGCUUUUGGCACAAGGACGGGCGACCCCGGCACAUCAUGGUGGACGCGGGGAAGACGAUGCGGGAGAAUUGCAUGCGGUUCUUACCUCAGCACGGCGUUCGCUCCUUGGACUCCCUGCUCCUUACGCACAGUCAUGCCGAUGCCAUCCAUGGACUGGAUGACAUCCGCGACUUCCAAGAGCAGAGCGGGGUCAUUCUCAAACACUUCCCCCCUCUCCCCGUCUAUCUCAACGAGGCAACUUUCGACGAGAUCGCUCAUGCCGACUUGAAGCUAUCUGGUGCCUGGUUCGUCUCAAGGAUCAGGUGGAACAUCAUCUCAGACGAAGAGUUCGAGGUGGAAGGAUGUGAAGGCCUGAAGGUCCGCCCGCUCCCUGUCCUACAUGGAGGCAGCUUGAUCAGCCUGGGGUUUGAGUUCAAGUCGGACAAGUAUGGCAGCAAGGGGAGGAGGCGGAGCACUCUUGACAGCAACGACCAGGCAAAGAUUCGUUUACAUCUCGGACGUCAGCCACAUCCCCUCCAAAGUUCUCCGCUCUCUCAAGAACUCUCCGCACCCGCAGGCGAGCCAUCCUGCCUGUUCGCAGAGAUCCGGCCUGAUUUGAGCGGGCAGGUCCUGGUGCUCGACGCUCUUGACGAGAAGAAGCAUUUCUCGCACUUCAACCUGCAGGAGGCGGUGGAUGCAGCAGCUGAGAUCUCUCCUCGCAAGCUCCUCCUGGUCGGCAUGACUUGCUCCAUGGGCGACCACGAGGAGACGAAUCGCAAGCUCAUCGCCCUCCGUCCGGCAAGAAGGUGCUCCUGCGACCAGUGUGCGGGCCUCCCGCUCUCGGUUGAGCUGGCGCAUGACGGCCAGUUCCUGGACUCGAGGGAGUGGGGGCGAUAA